AUGAUGAGCGAUUCACACUUAAACAACACUUGUUUAAUGAAUGGAAGAUUGGAAAGUGAAGACAAUGAGGAUGAUGUUUCUGUAGCUCUACAGACACACCAAUGUAAAGUUUGUGGAGACCGUGCAGUAUCAAAUUAUUACGGAGCGUACGCCUGCAUUUCUUGUCGGGUGUUUUUUGACUCACACGUAAGACUAGAAAAAGAAAUAAUUAGUUGCGUAACUCGGCGUGGAAACUGUUCGACAAACAGAAGGAGAAAUAUUAUCACAUGCGACUUCUGCCGCUUCAGCAAGUGUCACGACGUCAAUCUGAAGCACGAAAUAAUCACAAGUUCUCCACGCUUUGUAUUACCGCCACUUCAAAUAGAAGACGAACAGAUCUUCCUGAACUAUGCCAGAACAUUUACUAAAUGUAUGAAAUAUAUGGAACAAUACUACUACAAGUGGUUAAAUUCUUUUCCAUCUUUUCGCCGGUUAAGUGAGGAAAGAAAGGAGCUAAGAGAUGGCGUAAACGAAGUAAUAACCGAUUCUCUUCCAAGACAUUUAACUACAGUGGAAGCGUGUAACAUUUUAAAACUCCACCUGAUACUGGAAGAUGAUGUGUUGAUUACUGAUAAAGAUUUGCAGGAAGGUGACCUUUAUGAUUUCCUAGAUAACAUUAUUCAAAUGUUAAUGGAGUUCAUGACAGUGAUGCACGAAGAAUUCGAAACUGAAGAAAAUUUUGAACAGAUUGAAUCAUUAAGCUUAUUUGACUACUCUUCAGACAUUCCCGAAGAUAAUUAUCCUUACAAUCAAAUUCGCUUUGUACCUUGA